AUGCAGGCCAUGCGCGGCAGCGAGCAGAUGGCGGCCUGGGCGUCUGCCGCAAACGCCGCCCUGCGGCUGCUGCUGUGGCUCUCUCAGCUGCAUGCCUGGUGCCGCCAGCAGGAGCUUGGGGGAGGCGAGGACGAUCCGGAGGCGCUGCAAGCGCAGCCAGCUUGCCGCGUUGCAGUGAGUUUCACGGUGCAGCUGUGGAUGAAUGGCGCUGUGCGAGCGCUUGAUUGGACAGAAAGUGCCAGCUUCAGGAGCGCAGCCAAUGUUGGCCAGCUGGAGGUGCAGGCCGGUUUGGUGGAGUCGCUGUGCGAGCUGCACAGCCGCAGCUGCCGCCUGAUCCACUGGCUGCUAGAAGCGCCGGACCACCCUGCGCUGAUUGAGGGCUUCUGGCAGGGCGCCAUCUUUGGCCAUAGCAACACUCUGCAGCUUGCUGCAUUGCUGGUGGCGCUAAAGGCAGUCGGAGACAGCGCCGACAGCAGCGCCUGCUUCCAAAGCAGGCAAGCGGCCGAGGUUGUCGACUCGAUGCGUGCGCUGUAUGCAGCACACUUUGAGGCGUUGCGUGCGCUGCUGGCCGCUCCAGAUGCGCUGUCGCUGCUAAGAUUGCAGCACGGAGAAGAGGCCGGCAGCGGCUGCGCCCUUGAAACCAGCUGCAUGGGCGCUGUGCUGUAUGGCGUAAAGUUGACUCCCCUCAGUUGCUGGUACCUGCUGGAUGAGAGCUUGUUGGCCCAGCUGCUGCAAGCUGUGGAGGCCUGCUGCCCAACGGAGACGCUUGAUACCAGCGGUGCUGCCUAUAAGGCAGAGGCGCUCGGCAUACUGGCCUCUGGUUGCACCGACCAGCCGCAUGUGGCCAUCGCUCUGGCCCAAGCCGGCAUGCUGCCCAUGCUGCUAUCUAGUGAGCUGAUGCUGGCUGCCUUGGGGCGCAGAAGCGCCACAUUCCGAUCGCUGGUUGAUGCUUUGAAGAGCGCUGCUGAAAGCGUUCUUCAUGCACUGCUGGAGGGUAGCCAGGCUGGGGAGGCCGCCAGCGGCAGCGGCCAGGGAGGCAGCAGCAGCCAAGAGGCGCCAGCAGCAGACUUGGCACAGCAGCUGGCGGCUGCGCUUGAGGCGCUACCACCGGUGCCCGAGGCAGGUUCCGGCGAGGCGCUUUCAGAAGCCUCGGCGCUGCUCCAGCCGCUAGCCGCGCUCGCCGACCUGGCGCAGCAGGGCUGGCAGCAGUCGGGGCAGGCGGCCGCAGCCCGGCUGGAGCGUGUGCAGGCUGCCGCUGGUCGCAGCUGUGCCUACCUGGCCUGCAGCAACCUGGGCGGCGAGGGGGGCCCCGCCGCGGGGCAGGGCGUUGGCAGCCAGCAGUGUGGGCAGUGCCGUACAGUGUGGUACUGCGGUACCGUCUGCUCCCAUGCCGACUGGCGCGCCGGCGGGCACCGGCGGGUGUACAAGGCGCGGCAGGCGGCCAAGGCAGCGCCUGGCUGA